AUGACAACCAUAGCUGCAACUGGUCUCAACGUCGCGACUCCAAGAGCGGUCUUUGGACCAGCGGCUCGUCUAUCAGCCCCGGUCUGUUUGAAUUACCCGUGGAAAUCGGGUUCGAUGAACCGGAUGGUUAUGGUUAAGCCGUUGAAGGCGACAUCGGAUGGAGGGAUAUCGGAGAAGGUGGAGAAGAGUAUACAGGAAGCGAAGGAGACUUGCGCCGACGAUCCGGUGAGUGGAGAGUGCGUGGCGGCGUGGGACGAGGUGGAGGAGCUGAGUGCGGCGGCGAGUCACGCUAGGGACAAGAAGAAAGCUGGUGGAUCCGAUCCUCUGGAAGAAUACUGCAGUGAUAAUCCUGAGACUGAUGAGUGUCGUACUUAUGAUAAUUAA